AAACCAACCCAUAUUUAGCACCCAAUCUCUCCCCUUUCGUCUUUGCCUCUUCCUCUCAGACACUGGUCGCCAUUCUCACCCCAACUCCCGAGCCCUAACGGCUAACAGAGAUUCAUCAGCCAUGGGCGGUUUUCCUCAGCCCACCUUCUUUCUCCUCUUCCUUUCCCUCUCUAUCUUCGUCAUUCCCUCGACAGCCCACAACAUUACUGAAAUCCUCUCAGGUUUCCCGGAGUACAGCGCCAUGAACGACUACCUUACUCGAACCAAGCUCGCCGACGAGAUCAACACUCGCGAAACCAUAACGUGCCUGGUUCUUCCCAACUCAGCCAUGUCUGCUCUCGCAGCCAACAAACCCCUCUCCGUCGUCAAGAAUGUCCUCCGCCUUCUCGUCCUUCUCGACUACUAUGAUGGUGCCAAGCUCCACCAGAUCUCCAAAGGAACCACCCUCACCACCACUCUCUACCAGGUUACCGGUGAUGCCCAUGGAAAUCUCGGUUUUGUCAACAUUACCGACCUCAAGGGUGGUAAGGUCGGCUUCGGCUCCGCCGCUCCUGGAUCCAAGCUCGACUCCACUUACACCAAGAGUGUUAAGCAGAUCCCUUACAACAUCUCUGUUCUUGAGAUCAGCGCUCCCAUUAUCGCCCCGGGCAUCUUGACAGCUCCCGCUCCUUCCGCCGCCGACGUCAACAUUACCCAGAAGCUCGAGAAGGCCGGGUGCAAGACCUUCGCUUCCCUGCUUGUUAGUUCUGGUGUUCUGAAAAUGUUCGAGUCCGCACUCGACAAGGGUUUGACGGUGUUUGCGCCGAACGAUGAGGCCUUCAAAGCCGCCGGUGUACCAGAUCUCAGUAAACUAACCAACGCCGAGUUGGUUACAUUGCUGCAGUAUCAUGCAUUGGCCCGGUAUAAUCCAUUUGGGAGUUUGAAGACGGCCAAGGGUCCUAUCAGUACAUUGGCGACUAACGGCGCCGGCAAGUACGACCUGACCGUGACAUCAGCCGGAGAUUCCGUCACACUGCACACCGGCGUCGAUUCAUCUCGGGUUGCUUCAACUGUGGUGGACGAUCCCCCUCUCUGCAUUCUCACCGUUGACAACCUUCUCCUUCCAAGUGAGUUGUUUGGGAAGUCACCGUCCCCGGCACCGGCACCCGAGCCAGUAUCAUCUCCCUCUCCAACCCCAAGCACUGCACCGGCCCCUGCUGUUUCCGCUCCAUCUCCGUCGAUACUAUCCCCGCCGGCACCCCCGAUGGCAUCUCCAGAAUCAGGGCCAGCAGGCGCACCAGAGGCCCAGUCAGAGAACAGCAGUACGGGAUCUGGUUCCGGUGGCGCAGACUUGAAAGCUCCGGCAUUGUUAAAAACUCUAGUUGCCGCUUCGGCAGCUUUCGUUGCUUGGGCGAUGUUAUCGUAAAAGCCAGCUUUCGUUAACGCUCAUUUUUUCCCUCUCUUGUGUUAUUUAUUUUAGUUAGAAUUAGAGAUCUUUUUUUUUUUUUUUUUAUUUUGAUUUUGUGGCUUUUUAAUUUUGCUGUUAAUUUUUGGGAGUAGCUGUGCAUUUUACAGCAAUGUCGAGUUCUGGUUGUUCUAUAUUGGGAUUUGAGGAAAGGCCACUUGGACUGGAGGAGUGGAGCGCAGUGGGGGGACUCGCUUGUGUGGUUUGUGAUGUCUGCAACUCUGUAUUUUUUCCUUCUCAUCACAUUUCAGUCAUUUGUAGUGUUGUAUUUUUGAGAAUUUUAUUUAUCGGAUAGUGCGCGUUCUACUAUUUUAUCGUAUAUCGAAUGGUGAGAUUUGUGUU